GUCCAGGCCGCCGCCCUGCAGCUUUUAGAUGCUUCUCUGCUGCAGCAGCUGAACAGAAUAAUUAGGUUGUUAAGGCUCUGGAGAGCCGAUCUGCACCAGGAGGAGGCGAUGAAGCUGCUUGAUUCCAGUGUUUUGUUCCUGUGGCUCAUCUAAAAACUGCAGGACAGCAGAGGACUGGAGUUUGAGAACCCGAGUCCUGAACCAAUCAGUAGCCGCUUUGAAGCGGCUCAGCCAAUGAGAACGCGGUCACCUUUAAUAUUGACCUCAACCCAAAGGUGGAGCUGUGACAUCACGCCAGGUGGACUGGUCACAUGACGUCAGGGCUAAUGCUGCGUUCACACCAAACGCGUCUGACGCUUCAGGUCGGACGAGCCGCUGUUUCCGCCGCCGGUCUCUGGACUAUGGCGGAUGAAAUUUAGAGACUAGCACCAAAAUAUGAAGCUCCUGACGGAGGUGACAGCUGAUGGAGGCACGCCGCGCGUUGGAGCCUCUUCCCUGUGAAACACUGAGUCUGGCUUUUAUUUACUGAAAUCAACAGAAUGUCGCGUGUUUGAAUUCUCCAGAUGAUUCAGAGGUUUCCUGAGUUUCACUUACUCGCUCUCGGUGUUAUUUACGUCAGCAGGACCCCAGCUACAGCCGCCACUACGUCACAUAGCAGAGUCUCUCUGAUUAGUUCCCGCUCCGCGUCCGUUGGCAAAUGUUCAGAUUUUCCAGCUCCAUCGUCAACCUCAAAACUCUUGAAACGCUUCAGCCGUCGCGCCCUGGACGACGUCGCGCCCUGGACGACGUCGCUGCUGACGCUCCAGGCGCACUUGGUGUGAGCAGCAUUAGCUCCGCCCACUCCCUCAUGUGGCGAUCCUGAUUUAAGGAGUUUGAUUUUAACCCAGAGUUAUGCCUGCAGGCGCGACCGGAAGGAAUGCUGACGUCAUCAUCAUCAUCACCUUCAUCAUCACCUUCAUCAGUCUCCAUGGUUCUCAUUCCUCAGUAGAGCCUGCAGUGCGCUGGGAGCCUCGGAGCUCUCCUUCCUGAUGGAGCCCAGGGACGUGAUUGCCGUCAGGGACCGCCCCCUGAUGUUGCACUGCCAGGUGGAGGGGGAGGGGCCCGUCAGCAUCACAUGGAGGCAUAAUGGGGUUCCCAUAGCAACCAGCGACAGGGCGACGGUGCUGGCCAACGGCACGCUGCUCCUCAGGAACUUUUCCAAGAGGCGAGAGAGCAAUGAGUCGGACGCCGGCGAAUACGACUGCGCGGCGCAGAACCGCUACGGGUUGCUUAUCAGCCGCAAGGCGCGGGCGCAGCUGGCCUCGCUCCCAAAGUUCCUGUCCCACCCACAGUCCCUGGCGGUGGACGAAGGGGGUGUGGCCAGACUCAGCUGCCAGGUGAACGGGAUUCCUGAGGCAAACAUCACCUGGCAGAAGGACCGCCUCCCUCUGAGCACCGCUGACCCCAGGUACACUCUGCUCCCCAACGGCGUCCUGCAGGUUACCGCAGUCCAGCGCUCCGACGCCGGCCUGUUCCGCUGCAUCGCCUCCAACAUCGCCAACACGCGCUACAGCCGUGAGGCCCAGCUGUCCGUCACCGUUGCAGGGUCCAGAACCUACAAGGAGCCUGUGAUCCUCUCUGGACCUCAGAACCUCACCAUCAAUAUCCACCAGACCGCCAUCUUGGAAUGCAUCGCAACAGGAAACCCACGCCCCAUUGUGUCCUGGAGUCGCCUUGACGGCCGGUCCAUCGGCGUGGAGGGCGUCCAGGUCCUGGGGACGGGGAACCUGAUGAUCUCGGAUGCGUCUCUGCAGCACUCCGGGGUCUACGUCUGCUCUGCCAACCGGCCUGGCAGCCGGUCCAGAAGAACUGCGCUGGGACGCCUCGUGGUGCAAGCUCCUCCAGAGUUCGUUCAGUGGCCGCAGUCCGUCUCCCGGCCAGCAGGGGGCAGCGCCGUCUUCAGCUGCACUGCCACCGGUGUCCCCCAGCCGCACCUCAUCUGGCUGAAGAACGGCAAGCUACUGGCGCCCAGCGCCAACGUCAAGCUCACCAACGCCAACACGACGCUGGCCAUCACGCGCAUCUCCACAGAGGAUGAGGCGAUCUACCAGUGCAUGGCAGAGAGCGGCGCGGCUACCACCCAGGCCAGCGCCCGACUGGCAGUGGCACCGGGGCCGGCGCUGCCCGAGGCACCCUCCGGGCUGCGCGCCACCGCCCUGAGCGCCGCUGGUUUACGGCUCACCUGGGACCGGCCCGACCCGCGGGACGCCUUGCGGGUCAUCGGAUAUGUGCUGCACAUCCGGAGACUGGGAGAACCCGACGGUGCCGAGCUGCAGGAGGCCGUGGACCAGAACACCUUCAGCCACGACGUCCAGAACCUGGAGGCCGCCACCAGCUACCACGUCUACCUGAAGGCGUACUCUGCUGAGGGCGGCAGCCCGCCGUCCGCCGCCGUCACCGCCACCACGCUGGGCGGAGUUCCCAGUACUCCCAGUUUCUUCACCAAGGUGCUGAACCAGACAGCCAUGCAGGUGUACUGGGAGCUGCCCAGUAAGCCAGGGAAGGUGGAGGGCUUCAGGCUGCAGUACCAUGGGGUCUCCAACCCCGACGUCCAGGGGCAGGAAGUCUUCCCAGGACACAUCAACACUCACACCAUUUCCAACCUGGAACCGGCGGCGGUUUAUGAGAUCCAGCUGGUGGCGUUCAACGGGAACGGAGACAGUCCGUCAGCUCGUCGCCUGGUGUCUCUGGCAGAGGGCGGAGCCUCAGCAGCAGCUGGUCAGAGCUGUAACUGCGACCACUCCGACCCGUCCAUGUCGACGCUGCUGGUCGGCGUUCACAGCGGCCUGGCCUGCGUCCUCUGCUGCCUGCUCUUCAUCCUGCUGGCAUACAGACGCAGUUUUAUCUGCAGGAAGAAGGGGAGCUGGGAGACUCCGGCCACCCUGAAAGGAGUGAGAGGGGCUAAAGGUCAAAGAGCACAGAGCGUUGAGCUGAGCCAGGUGAGGAGAACACCUGAACGAUUAGCUUCAGACCUGGUCACCAUCAUUCAACUGAAUCCAACCAGCCAAUCACAACCCAGCUCUGGCAGAAACAUGCGCUGAUCUUCAUAUUUCCCAUCAGCCAAUAGAAUUUCAGGAUGACCACCAUUUUUCAACAUGGCUGCCAUUUAUUUGAGCCUCUUGAUCCAGUUAUUGCCAUAAAAUGUUUCCCAUUUUCAUGACUUGCAUGAAUUUAUGUCACAUCUCGUUUUAGUCGUCUGGUUCAUGAAACGUUAAAGUGAUAAAAUGCAGCAGAAUCGGAGGACUCUGCUGUUAGCGAGUCUCAGACCAGGAAGGAGAAGAAGAAGAAGAGAGACCGACUUCUUAACGUUAGCGUUAGCUUCUGCUAAGAUUUUAAGAUUUCAAAUGUGCUUAGUGGCUUCACGUUGGCGUCUUCUAAUAAUUUGUAUGUGUUUGGUGGUUUAGCAUUAGCUUCAGCUAUAAUAUGUGUUCAGUUCUGCUGAUGGUUCCGAUCAGACCAAGUUAAUCAUCACCUUUUGUUCCACCUGCAGAGAUGUGACUCCACCCCUUCUCCAGUGACCAUUAUGGUCGAGUCGAGUCGAUCUGCUGAAUCUGGAACUGG